GAAAUCCAACAUCUUUAUUUGCGGCCCAACCCUAUCCCCUACUAGGCCCAGGUCUGAUUUUUUAAUACUAUUGCAAAAUCCAAUUACGUUGAUGUUUCGAUACUUUGUUUUGAAUGGGAGAGGACACCUUUCAAUCCUUGUGUCGACAUCUAUAUCUUGUCUUUGCAAUUAUCUCCUUCGAACCCUGGUCCAAAGCAUUACUCAUUUUCCUUUGUCUGAGAAAACAAGAUCUACGCUCUUCGGCAUAGUAUAUCCACAUUCGAGUCGGUUUUGGUGUGACCAUGGUCACCAUCUUGGUAUAUCUGUUCUUAUUCCGAUCAAUAGCUCCGCUGAGUUUUCGACAAAGCAUCUCCCAACCACCCUCAUCCUUCAGAUUUGGAUCCAGUCGCAUAGGAAUUUCAUUGACCAUCUAUUGAGAGAUCCCGAAUCAAUUUGUAAAGAGAACCAUUUGUUCCAACCGUCCUCUGCUUUCGGCUUCUAUGCUGUGCAAGCAAUCGAGUUCCAUAAACCUAUCACUACUUCGUGUAGAGUGUCUUGCGCCGGCGAGUUUCAAGGUUUCAGAACUUUUCUCAACGUCACUAUAUCUAAUACCGUGACUAUCCUCUCAUCUCCCGACGUGAUCGUGGUGGUGAUCCCGGCUGACCGUCUUCUCGUUUGUAGCAACCUCAACAAUUGUCUCCGAGAAUUCAUGGAUUCAUCGUCGGUCUAUCCUUAUUUUACUUAUGCUGCAUACCUAUAUGCUUUAAAUCUUAUUGUUGUAUUCUUCAAGGUUGUAGAGCUACUGAACUUUGUAUUCCUUAGAAUGAGUGAAAUCAAAAGUUUUUGUCCAAAAAAAAAAAAAAAGUUGCAGUCUAUGUUUCCAGUGAGUUCUUACUCUGCCGGCGAAACUUCCGAUUAUCAACUGGUGACUGUCCCAAUGCCCCAUGAUGAUGAUAUUCUUGUAUCACAAUUGCAAACCCAGAUUUUCAAAUGUAACAAAUGGUGGCAUUUCAUAGUGACCGGUCGUGAUGAGAUUAAACGAAAGUGGUCCAAUCCCAUUUCAUUACACCGUGGUCAAUAUCAAUGGAAGGAAUGA